UGCACGAACAGCACAGGUAUCUAUGUCUCAGCAGUUCCUCUCGAAGUACUUCAAGAGGCCUGGGGAUACCAAUGAUGGUCCAGCUGGCAACUCGAAAAAACCGGCGGCAAAGGAGAAAGUGAAGCGCCAGGCAAGUCCCCAGACAGACAGCCGAGGAGACGCAGCUUCCGGAGGCAGCCGCUGUCGUGAGCCAAGCGCGGUGAAGCGUAAGAAGGCGACUUCUUCCUCAGCCGGCGGGGAUACUAGGCGCAGCGCGGCCUGGCAAUGCCCCAAAUGCACGUUCAACAAUCCAGCCGCACAGCUGGCGUGUAAGAUGUGCGGGGGGCAUCAAGUGGUGGGUGGUACGGCGGCUCGGGAGGAAAUCGAGAUUUUCGGUUCAGAUUCAGAGGCCGAUGCCAACAGCGAGGGCGGUGGGAUUGGCGAAGACGACGACGGAUGGGAUUUCGAAGACUUGCCGAUUGGGCGAAACCCCAAGCGCCCGAAGACGAGAGCGGGUGCGCAAGGAUCCAACAAGCCGACGUCCAGCAGCAGCCUCGGAAACAACAAGGAGCGGCCUGCCGGGAGGAACCGAGUGCGGCCUCUCGCCAACAAGCCGCCUGGGCAACCUAAGCCGCCUCCCGCUGGUGGCGACACUUGUGUAUCCGUGCGUGAGGGCGGAAGCGCGGCAACCUUGGAUGGCUCCAUGGAAGAAGUCGAGGAGAUAGGUGGGGAACGUGGCCGCGCCCGUGGUGGCAAUAGUUCAAGCAAGGGUGGCCGUGAUGGCAGCAGCAGCAGCAGCAGCAACAACUCAUCUCGCUUGGUGGUGCUUGGCGGCGGGCGAGGCUCAGGUGGGUCGUCAGCGGCGGUUUUCAGUGCUGAAAGCUUUACCCUCGAGGAGGAUUCGAGAAGAAGAAAGGAUUUUCAGGCGGGCUUGAGGGCUGCCUUGCCCGACGACAGCGACGACGGCCCUUCUGUUGCAGCUGCGGGUAGCGGUGGGAACAGCAGCACCGGUGAUAACGGUGCUCCGGGUGGAGGGUUGGGUACGGCAACAGGGGCUGGAGGAGGUGCGUCGUCGUCUUCGUCGCGCGGAAAGGGGAAGGCCGCCGCUGCCGCUGCUGCCAGGGUGAAGCUUACGCCUAUGGAGCAACAGGUCGUCGACCUGAAAGCGAAGCAUCCCGGCGUGCUGCUCCUGGUGGAGUGCGGGUACAGAUAUCGCUUCUUCGGCGACGAUGCCCUAGCUGCCGCGAAGGUGGGAGUCGUUCGACAAGCCGAGUCCGCUGCACUAAAGGCGGCCGGCUUGACGGAGACAGGCAAGAAGUCUGGCACCUUCAAGCGUGAGCUUGCCGCAGUCUUCUCCCAGGCGAGUCGGUAG